AUGUUUCCUGAGUCCUGUAAAAAUCGAUCAAUAGGAUCAAUUAAUUAAUCUUGUCAUGAUUCUCAUCGUCCUAGACAACAUUUAAUCAAUUCAUUUGGAUUUUUGUCUAAACAUGAAUCAAGAAAUUCUUAUUAUGAUAAGGAAGAUUAAUAAGAUUAAUUAUUAAAAAUCAAAUAAGAGCUUAAUUAAUUAAGAAUAGAAAAUACAUAACUAAAGUCUUAAAAUAUUUAUUAUUAAGUAAGUAUAUAUUAAUAUCUAGAAAGAUCUUGAAAGCUUUCAUCAACAGUUGUCAGAUGAUGAAAUCUAAUUAAAGACAGUUCGAAACAAUUAGAAAUUCAAACAUUUACUUAAAUUAUUGUAAACUAAAGAAAUUGAAAUAGAGACUUUAAAAAAAAAAUUGAAAAUGGAUGAGAUUACAAUUUAUUAAAAAAAAGUAUCUGAACUUUAAAAUAUUAUUGAACUUCAAAAAGAAAAACUAUUAGGGAAUCAAAGAAAUAUUUUAGGUCCAUAAUUUGCUAUUCUUGAUGAAUUAGAAUAAGAUAAUAUAAAAUUAGUUGAAAUAGUAAAAGUAUUGGAAGAAUAAUUAAAGGAUUAUGAUUAAUUGAAAAAACAUAUUGUAACAUAAUAAGUCAAAAUUUAAUAAUAAAAAUAACUCAUUAAUGAAUUAUUAAAAGAGAUUAGAUAAUAUAAGGAAAGAGAUUUAUUAUUUGCAGUUAAACAUAAUUAAAAAAGUAAAUAAGAUCAAUAAAUUAAGUAUUAUUUUUAUCUCAUAUAAAGAAAACUACUCUCAGAUAUUCAUAAAUUAAGUUAAAAAAGAUAAGAAGAUGAAGCUUAUAUAGAAUAAUUAUUAGAUAGGCAUAGAUAGGAAAUUAAAAAAUAUGAUCGUAGAAUUAUGGAGAAGGAUGAUGAAAUGCAAUUGUUAUAAGAAAGAUGUGAAUCAUUAAGUAAAGCUUUAUAGGAAGAAUAGAUAUAAAAAGCUAAACUUAAAAAGAAUGAAAAAUCUAGUUCUAUUGUCAAACCAUCUAUGUUUUCAUAACAUUAAAUUGUUGGUAGAGGUUCUGGAGAUUUUUCAUUAAUUACUUCUUAAAGAUCUUUAAGUGGAAUUGGAAAAUCUAAAUAUUCUAAAAUCAAUAAGCAAGAUCUUUGUUAAAUUGUCAAAAUUAUUAAAUUUUCUAUGAUUAUUAAUAAAAUUACUUUUGAUGAGUUAGAUAUUGUAAUUUAUUUUUUACUUAUAAUAGUACCUAUUUAAAAAUUAAGAAGAAACUACAUUAGAUGCACUUAAAGAUUCCCUUUAAUAAUAAAUUUUCAAUUUAAAUAAAGAACAAGCAUGUACUUUAGCAAAUUAUUUAUUCGAUUAAGAAGAUGAAAUUAAUAUAGACAAACCAUAAAAUAAUUCAAGAAUAAGGAGCAUUUUGAAAACACUAUUAGAUAAUUUUCGAUUACCAAAUAAUACAGUUUUUGAUGAAAUUAAGACUAAUUUGAAUGCUAAUAAUCUUGAAAUGAUUUGCAAUUAACUUUAAUCUAAAUUUUAAAGUCCUAGAAAAAAACUCAAUGUGAAUGUAUAUUAAAAUAAUAAUUUUAGGAUUUGUUUGAUCUUUUUAAAGAGAAUGACAUAAAAUUAUCAAAAGCAUCUCUUGAAUAUAUAGAAUCCUACUUUUUUUAAUUAAAUCAGCAAUUAAUUGUUUUUGAAAUAGAUUAAUUGAAACAAUUAAUUGAUAGUAUUAGUAAUUGA